AUGACGAACGCUUGUCUCUUCCAAUCUCUUCAACUCGGCGACAUCAUCAUUCAGAACAGAAUUGGCAUGUCCGCGGUUACCAGGAGACAUGUACCAAAUGCCAUACCUAGUGACCUCAUGACCGAGUACGACAUCCAACGAACACUCGGAAUGGCAGGUUUGAUCAUGAUCGAAGGUAUCCUCGUCACGCGUCAAGGCACCGAGUUGCCACAUACGCCAGGCAAUGGGGAUCCGGAGCAGACCAGAGGCAUCGUUCAUCGCGGAGGCAGGCACAUCUACGCACAACUAUGUUACGUCGGGCGGGCUGCCCGCUCAGUUGAUCCAGAACAGAAACUCGCUGGGACAGUGAAUAUUUUGUCCGCUGAUUCUAUAAACACAUCUGACCUCCAUCCUAAGCCCGUCUAUGCCACUUCCGCAUUUUCCGCCAGAGGUGGAAAGUUUCGCCAUAUUCCUGGCAUAUCUGGAUAUGUCACCCCCACUGCUGUUCCUGAUCCUCAAGUAAUCAUUGACCAGUUCAAGCAAGCUGCUGUUAAUGCGAAAUUUGCUGGGCUCGAUGGCGUCGGAUUGCAUGGUGCCAAUGGAUAUUUGAUGGCCCAAUUUCUCGAUAGCACGGCAAAUACCCGUACAGAUCGAUGGGGAGGGAGCGUUGAAAAUCGCUCUCAAGUCGGCCUUGAAGUCCUCAAAGCUGUCAUUCAGGUUUUUGGCCGCAAUGUUGGUAUCAAGAUGAACUCUCAUAAUGGCUAUAACGAUGUUGGUAUGCCUUUACAGGAGACACUCGAUACCUACCGCUACUUCAUCGCCGAAGCCGACAAUUUGAAUCUUGCUUACAUCACACUACUUCGGUACAUUGCUCAUGCGAAUUCCGAAGUUGAAAUUGACGGCAAGAAAGGAACCAUCCAACAUGACGUGCUUGAAUCUUACGGCCCCUACAUCAAGAACGCCAAGGUCUUCCUGGACGGAGCCAUCUCCCCGGAGGAAGCAGCUAUUCUGAUCUCAGCGGGGAAAAUCGACGGGGCAUUCACCGGUCUCGACUGGAUAGCGCAUCCAGAACUCGCCAAGCGGGUGUUGCAUGGAAAACCUCUGGACAAUGUACUCGAUGUCAUACAUAUGCAGGGGAAGCCGGCGCAGGAUUGGGCUGUAGGAUACACGGGUUGUCCUGCUGUCAUAUAUGAGACGAUGUUGUAG